AAUAUGAGACCGAAGUUUGCCCUUAUUUCCAUUUAUAAUUUUGGCAGUAAAUGGGUUUUAUCUGCAAAUUCUAUGGUAAGAUAAGGGCAGUUUCUCGUUGAUAACAAACAAGCUUCACACACACUCGUUCGCAGGUGUGCCAGAGCGCAGUUCGGCGGAAGCCGCCAAUUCUGUGUGUCUCCCGCUCUUCUAUUCGAUUCUCAAUACAAUUUAUGAAGCGGUUAGAGCGAAAGAAUUCGAAAUUUAUGAAUCGCUAAAAGAAUCGUAUCGAAAAGAGUGAAAGAAGUAGACAACAAAAAUUGGAGGGAGGAAAAUGGCGAUCCCUGAGGCGGAGCGCCGCCGUGUCAGGUUUCGGACGACGAUCGAACCUAAGGUUCCGUUGAGGCGGCUACUGCGGGUGGCUUCGGUGGCGUGCGGGAUUCAGUUCGGGUGGGCGCUGCAGCUGUCGCUGCUGACGCCGUACGUGCAGGAGCUGGGGAUCCCGCACGCAUGGGCCAGCGUGAUAUGGCUCUGCGGGCCGCUGUCGGGGCUCCUGGUGCAGCCACUGGUGGGCCACAUGAGCGACCGCUCCACCAGCCGGUUUGGCCGCCGGAGGCCGUUCAUACUCGCCGGGGCGGUGUUGAUCGCCGUCUCCGUCCUGAUUAUCGGACACUCGGCGGACAUCGGGUGGCUCCUCGGCGACCGCGGCUCGUUCAGGCCCAGGGCCGUGGCUGCGUUCGUGUUCGGCUUUUGGAUUCUGGAUGUGGCCAAUAACAUGACUCAGGGUCCUUGUAGAGCUCUGCUCGCCGAUCUCACUGGAAAGGAUCAUCGAAGGAAUCGAGUGGCAAAUGCAUAUUUCUCUUUGUUUAUGGCUGUUGGCAAUGUUCUUGGCUUCGCCACUGGAUCAUAUAGUGGCUGGUUCAAAAUUUUUCCAUUUACUCAUACCACUGCAUGCAAUGCAAACUGUGCAAAUCUCAAGUCUGCUUUCCUUAUCGACAUUGUGUUCAUUGCAAUUACUACAUAUGUAAGCAUAUCAGCAGCUCAGGAAGUGCCUCUUGGUUCGAGUGUGAGGUCCACACCCUCUGCCGAAGAUGGGCCAGGAACUUCAGGUCAUGCUCAAGAAGCCUUUCUUUGGGAACUGUUUGGGACUUUUAGUUAUUUUUCAGGGUCUAUAUGGGUAAUCCUGUUUGUUACUGCUUUGACCUGGAUUGGAUGGUUUCCAUUUCUUCUUUUUGAUACUGAUUGGAUGGGUAGAGAGAUUUAUGGUGGCAAGCCUAACGAAGGGCAGAAUUAUAGUACUGGAGUUAGAAUGGGUGCCUUUGGUCUGAUGUUGAAUUCAGUUGUUCUUGGAAUAACUUCAGUGCUCAUGGAGAAGUUGUGCAGUAAGUUGGGGGCCGGUUUUGUGUGGGGGGUUUCAAAUAUCCUCAUGGCUCUCUGCUUUCUUGGAAUGCUAGUAAUUACCUUUGUGGCGAAGAGUUUGGGCUAUGCAGGCCAUGAACUACCUCCAGAUGGCAUUGUAAUUGCUGCAUUGCUGAUUUUUGCAAUUCUCGGAGUUCCUUUGGCAAUCACUUACAGCGUUCCAUAUGCCUUGAUAUCCUCACGUAUUGAGUCUUUGGGGCUUGGCCAAGGAUUAUCAAUGGGUGUCCUGAAUCUGGCAAUAGUGAUCCCACAGGUUGUGGUGUCCCUGGGAAGUGGACCAUGGGAUCAGCUAUUUGGUGGGGGAAAUGCUCCAGCCUUUGCUGUGGCAGCAGUUGCAGCCUUUGCUAGUGGACUUGUAGCCAUCUUAGCUAUUCCACGAUCUGGUCCUCAGAAGCCCAGAGGCCUCACAUGAGUCUGACUGAAUCAUAAAUCCUGUUUAGAGUAGUGAGGAAGGUGCGGACUGAAGGCGUGGGGUCUCCAUUUACGACAGGCACUGGUGAACAUUCUACUACAUAUAUAAUUAACGGUGGAAAGCAAGCCAGUUUUGAAGUAAUAAUUUCUCAGACAUGCUCGAAAGCUGUCAUCAAAUGCUGUGUGAGACAGGUUAGUUCCAAAUCAGUGGAGAAUUUCUUCACCAAAAAUCAGUCCCACUUCAUUGAAACAUUGCUUUAUGGCUAAUUGCCAGAGAAAAGUAGUUGAAGCCUCAGCUCUGGAUUCCAAAGUUACUCUCAAGACUAGUUCCUUUCAAACCAAGAUAAGUUGCCCUUAAUCGGGAAUUAUUCCUCAAGAAAAUAAAAUUUUCUUUCGGGGCUUAUUGUGCGUUGAUGGUUUGUCCGGUGAUGAUCUAUUGGAAUAUCAUGCAUUUUGUACAUGAUUUUUGUUGUAUGAAUAUGAAGUGUGCUUGGUGGCCAACAUUGAAUAUAUGAAUUAUGCUGAUUGAAACCCUGA